AUGAGGGUCAGAGAAACCCUUUGGAGUUAUGCCAGCCGGUACUGGGAACUCUACAAUGAGAUUGGUGGGGGAAAUGAGAAGAUUGCGGCAAGCACCUUUAGGAUGGAGCUCCCCGAAGACUCUGAAUUACGGGAGUCAUUGACAAAAAGACCUCCCGAGGAUAUGAGACAGCUUAUGAGACGCAUUGAGGAGUACAAACGCUUGGAAGAUGAUCGGCUGCAGAAUAAGGGGAAAGCACCAUUACUCGGGAGAUCUCGGCAGGGCAUUAUGCCAGCAAGACCUAAAAAAGAUUUCAGGAUGCAGGAACCAGAGGUGCAAAUUGGAGUUAAUGUGGCAUUCAAAAAGCUUGUGCACAAAAUCCUAGACCGGAUUAAGAACGAAUCGUUCUUCAAGUGGCCAAACAAAAUGGGGGGUGACCCAUCUCGGAGGAACCAAAACCUGUAUUGCAUAUACCAUAAGGAUAAAGGGCACACCACCGAGUAG